AUGAAUUACCCCUCUCUCCCCAGGCGAUACGUCGUCUCCCAUUUGGACUUCUCUUACCCCCGUCUUCAACUUCCACGAAAUCGCAAUCCCCGGGUCUUCUGGACCUGCUUGCCCGGAGUCACCAGAAUCACCCAGGGGCGAAACAAUUGCCACAUCAAUUUUGAAGUCGCCCAACUCCCCGAAGGACCGUGGCCCCUGAGAAUUGACGGCGUCCCCUUUACAAUCCACAGCCCAGGAGACAAUGAGAGCAGAGGCUAUGGAAGAUUCCUCCUUUUCCCCUCCAGAAACGUCCGAUUCGGGUCCCCUCUCAUCUCCAUCUGCGAAGAACUUGAUGGUAGGCAAGCCGCUCUGUCUGAUGAGGAGAUGCGCCUCAUAACGACUGAGCUCGCCCGAGAGCUUUCUAAUUGCGCCCCCGAGGUAGAUCUUAUAGAGGUGAUUUUCGCUUCAGACGCAAUGUUCUACAUUGUCCUCAAUAAUGAAGCCAAUCUGACCCCUAUUCGUUCUCAACUCCCCGGCGUGAUUGCAAAUUGCGGUGCUGGCUACUGCCUUGAGAGGGAUUUUGAUAGACCCGAUUGGAGGAGCUGGAAGGAGAGAGAGACGCCUGCGUGUAUCCCGAUCAGACGGGGGCCGGUAUUUGGCAUGAUAUCCGGAACCAGGGCUCCCACUUCUGCACCGUCAGCGGCAGCCUGUACGACCCCAGGCAUCCUGGUGAAGAACGCGAAAGGCCAGUACUUUUUAACUAUCGCCGCGCACUGCAUUGGACGAGGAGAUCCAGACGCCUACUUCAGUCUCUCGACUGGCCAGAUGCAACCCAUCGGCAGGGCUGCAGCCCAAGUACCCUUCACCGACGUUGCCCUCAUCGACAUUAAAAGAACCAACUUUCAUCAGCACCUCUUCCUGGACACGGGCCAUGAGCUACCGGUAAGGAGACUCCUGGGUGAAGACCCAAACGACCAGCUCAACUGGAAUCACAUGGUCCGUUUCAGAAGUCCCAUCGCUAAUGAUUUGGACGGCGUCAUCGUCGCGAAAUCUGCCAGACCGAAAAUCAACCCUUUCAACAUCGACGAACCUUUUCAGUGCGUGGUCUACCACUGGGCUUUCACGGGCCAGGUCGAGGACGCGGGGGAUGACGACAUGGCGCCGAGACCUCCCGCGGGGACGUCAGGGGCUGCUGUCGUGGAUGAGGAGGGUAUUUGCGUGGGGUUGUUUGAUCAUUUCAUUAGUCAGGGGCCGUGGGCUGGAUUUUCUGUAAUUCUUAGUACAAGCGAGUUGGUAAAGGCCGGAUACCAGCUUGUUGGAGGGGAGGCGCCGGAGGAGGACCAUGUACAUGAGCAAAGACUCCAACGUUGUUCAGGUAACAGACUGGCUUCACUUUAA